AUGAAAAAUCUCGGUCAAAAUAAAACUAAACCGAUAAACAAUCUCGAUUGUUUAUCAACAUCAAAUAUAUUCAAAUAUCAAAAUGAUUAUAUUAAUAAACCAUCAAAAUAUAAAUAUCAUUUAACAAAUAAAAAUUCUUCUAAUUCAUCGAAUAUUUCCAUUAAAUUAAUAGACUGUCAAAUUGCUGCACAUCGACAUAAUCGAAUUCGUUCUCAUUAUCAAACAAAAACAUAUCGACAUCAAAAAACAAACCAAUCUAUUUGUUAUCGUCAUUUUCCUUUUUCAUGUAAUCCUCAAGUCAACUAUAACAAUAUUCAAAAACGAUAUCAUAUAAAUUCAAUCAAUCCUCAAUCUAUUACUCAAUUAAAAUCUCGAAAAGAUAAUAAAACAAAUAUAUCUAUUACUAUUCAAAAAAUAUCUAACAAAAAUAUUCAUUCAAAUAAAAAACUACAUGAUUCAUUCAUUUCUUUUGGUACUAAUACAAUUAAUCAAUCAAAUAAAUCUAUACUAAAUUUGAAAGAAAAAGAUUCACAAACUUGUUUAUAUCGACGUAUCUCAAACGAUGAAUUAGAUUUUCGAAAUGAACAAAAACGAAUUACGAAUUCAUUUAUAUCCAUUGAAAAUCAUAAUAAAUCAAGUCUUUAUAAGAAUUUCAAACAAUCCUCAAACACAAUUUUAAUACCUAUUCAUACAUUAAAACAAGAAAAUGAAUAUAGUAGUAAUAUUAAAUUGAAAAUUUCGUUCUUAAAUGAACUUACAAAUUGUAUAAUAUAUCAAAGUCCAUUAGAAGUAACAAUAGUAUUCAAUAUCAUACCAGCGUGUAUUAUAAUAUUAAUUAACUAUAUGAUAAGAAUGUCCUUUAUACAAAUACCAAGUCUACCAUUAAUAAUUCUAGAAUCAGAUAAUGUAAAUCUCUGGAGAAAUAAAACAUCAUUGAAUAUAAGAUGUAUUGAUAAUGGCAAGGAUCAAGAAAAAGCUCUUUUUGAUCAUGAUCAAUCAAGAAUUUCAGAUGAUUUUACUAAUUUUUUAAAUAAAAAAUAUUCAAGUAAAGAUAAUGAACAUCACAUUAUCAUGAGACAAAAACGUGAUAAUAUGAAAGAUCUAGAUGAAAAUUCUGGUAGUAUACAUAAAUAUGAAAAAGUUGAUUCAUUGAGUAACCAAGCAUUUGAAACAUUAUCAUCAACAAAUCAAGCAAUACUUGAAGGAACUAUACUUCCAUCCAAUCUACCAAUUGAUCAAUCGUUUAAAAUGACAUCAACUAUUGAUGGAAUAGACAAACAAGAAUCUAUUAUUAACUCGAAACUCAACAAAAUAAGUUUAUCAUCAGAUCAUAUUCAUCAUCGAUUUAUAUCUGAAAGUAAAGAUCGAUCUGAUGAUAACAUAUCUUCAUCACUAUCGAUGGAACGACCUCAUUUAUUAAAAUCUAACGAAAAUUUCAAAACUGUUGUUGAUCAUUCCAUCAAUAAUCUUCAUCCUACGAUAACUACGGAUAUCAUUCAUUCACCUAUUUCAACUGAAUAUAUUGAUGAAGUUCGAUCAAUAUCUCUAAUUAAUCCAUAUUCGUCAAUAGAAAAAACAAAAGUAACAUUUUUUAAUGAAAAAUUACAAACUCUCAAUGAACCAUCUAAUACAAAUCUAGGAAAUGUUCAUUUGCAUGAUAUGCUUGAACAAAUUAUUAAUCAAAGAUCCGAUCCACUACUUACAACUGUUGGAAUUCCAAAGUAUUCGUCGACGUCCCUUCAAACAAUGACUACUUCUCUACAUGAUAAAGAAUACGAACAAGAAUUAGACGAAGGUAAAGCAAAUCUUGAUGAUCUAAGUAAAGUUUUUAUUACAGCUUAUAGAUAUUCUUUCACUCUCUAAUUACGAGUUUUUCGCAAAAAUGACAUAAACUAUGCGUUUCCUCAUGGAAGCUUGCAAUCAUGUAUAUACGUCAAAGGAAAACAGCACAUUCGGUUAAGUUUAAGCCAACAGCAUAAAAUUUGAUACUUGCAGAGUUGAAUAGAGUUACCUAAAACCUUUUGGAAAUCUUCGCACAACUCCACGUAUAAUCCUAUAGUUCCAUAUCAUAAUUUAGAGUUAAUAAAAUUCAAUUUCUGAUCUUUUGUGACGUUUAAAUUUCAUCAAUAAUCGCAAUUUUUUAGGGUGACAAUAGUUCUACGAUUAUACGCAAUUUUAUAGAUUUCUGUUUAGUUUCAUAGGACUUUGAACGAUUUUACGCAUAGAGUCUAUGAAAUCUCAUAGAUCCCCGAUCAGAAAAACAUUUCUUGGUUCUGAUUAGAUGGCUGUAGGUUACGCUAUUUUGGCAACCUGUAACCUGCCCUGCUGAGAUCUUGACAACCUGACCCUGCCCUGCUGAGAUC